CCGUUAAGGUGCUCGGUCCUUCCGAGGAAGCUAAGGCCGCGUUGGGGUGAGGCCCUCACUUCAUCCGGCGACUAGCACCGCGCCCGGCACCCGCCAGCCCAGCACUCCCGCGCCAUGGCCUCGGUCUCCGAGCUCGCCUGCAUCUACUCCGCCCUCAUCCUGUACGACGACGAGGUGACCGUGACGGAGGAUAAGAUCAAUGCCCUCAUUAAAGCGGCCGGUGUAAACGUGGAACCUUUCUGGCCUGGCUUGUUUGCAAAGGCCCUGGCUAAUGUCAACGUUGGGAGCCUCAUCUGCAAUGUAGGGGCUGGUGGACCUGCCCCAGCAGCUGGCCCUGCACCAGCCGGAGGACCUGCCCCCUCCACUGCUGCUGCCCCAGCUGAGGAGAAGAAAGUGGAAGCAAAGAAAGAGGAAUCUGAAGAGUCUGAUGAUGACAUGGGCUUUGGUCUUUUUGACUAAACCCCUUUGUAACGUGUUCAAUAAAAACCUGAACUCCUU